GUGUGUGUGUGUGUGAUUCUAGGGCGGCAGACAUUCUAUGGACUUCGAAAGGCCUUUUCUUUUGAUUGAGAGCACGAGCAGUGGUGAACUGCAGGUGAACCAGGAAGCCCUGGACGUUCUGAACUCCAUCAGGCAGCCUGUGGUGGUGGUGUCCAUCGUAGGCAUGUACCGCACGGGCAAGUCUUACCUGAUGAACAGACUGGCUGGGAAGCAGACAGGGUUCCCCGUGGGCUCCACUAAGGGUAUCUGGAUGUGGUGCGUGCUACACCCUCACAAAGAUGACCAAACAUUGGUCCUGCUGGACACUGAGGGUUUGGGGGAUGUGGCAAGGGGAGACCAGGCUCAUGACACCUGGAUCUUUUCCCUGGCCGUCCUCCUGAGCAGCACGUUUGUCUACAACAGCAUGGGCACCAUCAACAACGAAGCGGUGAUGAGCCUGCACUAUGUGACAGAGCUGACCGAGCACAUCAAGGUGAAGCCCAGCGAGGAGAAAGAGGACGACACGGCUGAGAAAUUCAUCCGCUUCUUCCCCACCUUUGUCUGGACUGUGAGGGACUUCACUCUGGAGUUGAAGUUCGACGGAGAGGCGGUCACUGCGGACGAUUACCUGGAGAACUCCCUGAAGCUGGUGAAGGGCAACUCCAAACACGCAGCGUACAGCAACGGGCCCCGGGAGUGCAUCCGGAACUACUUCCCGACCCGGAAGUGCUUCGUGUUUGACCAGCCCGCCUCCAAGGAGAAGCUAAGGAUCAUCGAGGAGCUGACUGAUGCCGACCUGGAGCCGGCCUUCGUGCGGCAAACGCUCGAGUUCUGCAGCUACAUUUUCAAGCACUCCAAAGAGAAGACGAUGACCGGAGGGUAUAAGGUCACCGGACAGAUGCUGGGGAACCUGGCGGUGACGUACGUGGACGCCAUUCGUAGCGGGAGCGUCCCGUGUUUGGAGAACGCCGUGGCGGCGCUGUCUCUGAUCGAGAACCCGGCGGCGGUCGAGGAGUCUUUCGCCCUCUACAGGCGGCUGCUGGGAGAGCGGGUGAAACUGCACACCGAGACCCAGGAGGAGCUCUCCAGCACUCACGAGGGCUGCCUGAAGGAGGCGCUGCAGCUCUUCAUGAAGCGCUCCUUCAAGGACAAUGACCAGAACUUCCAGAGAGACCUCAUGGUGAGAUACAUAUCAGAUUUAAGAAGAGUAGUCUUUUCUGAGCGUAUGAAAUGAAAACAUUUGUAUUGC